AUGUCUUAUCCGCCGUCCUCCCUUUGCGACAUUUCCGACAAUCUGAUACAGAACCCAGCGCAGGUGCCUCCUCAGGGUCAACUCGACGUCAGCGACUGCUUCCAGGAACCUCCAGAAUUGAGGAGUGGAAAUAGACGUCACGGGCUUGCUCUGAAUAUCGGGUGGUUGGACUGCUGCGUGCCAUUUCUGACAAACGACAACUCGCCUCGACUGGAUCGAAUUGAUUUGUCGAAACACCAGGAUCGUUUUGUCGUCAAGUCCCCUCAGCAUCUUGCCUCGAGGAGUUUCUGCAAGGACAGUACUUUCGGCAGCAACUUCUGA